AUCUCAUUGGGAAAGGGGGCCAAGGAAGUAUUUAUAGGGCUGAGUUGCCUACAGGUGAUGUUGUUGCAAUAAAGAAGCUUCAUUCAAUGCCAAGCGUGGAAAUCUCCAACCAAAAAGCUUUCACAAGUGAGAUUCAAGCUUUGACAGAAAUCAAACAUCAUAAUAUUGUGAAGCUAUAUGGGUUUUAUUCCAAUUCACAAUUCUCCAUGUUGGUUUAUGAGUUCUUUGAAGGUGGAAGCUUGGACAACAUACUAAAGAAUGAUGAACAAGCCAUUGUGUUUGACUGGAAAAAGAGGGUGAAUGUUGUCAAAGGUGUGGCCAAUGCUUUAUUCCAUAUGCAUCAUUGUUGUUCAAUUCCUAUUGUUCAUCGUGACAUAUCAAGCAACAACAUUCUUCUAGGUUCUGACUAUGAAGAAGCUCGCAUCAACGACUUUGGAACAGCAAAGUUUUUGAAUCCUAACUCAAACAACAUGACCACAUUUGCUGGCACAUUUGGGUAUGCUGCACUUGAGAUUGCUUUCAUUAUGAAAGUGAACGAGAAAUGUGAUGUUUAUAGCUUUAGAGUAUUGACCUUAGAAAUCAUUAUGGGUACACAUCCCGCGAAGCGUAUUUCAUCUUUGGCAGGGAAUUCAAUCAAUAAUGAUUUGUUGUUAAGUGAUGUGCUGGACUCACGACUUUCUCCACUCACAAAAUCAAUCUUAGAUGAUGUGAUCUUAGUUGCCAAAAUAGCUUUUUCAUGCUUGAGUGAUUCUCCUCAGUCUCGUCCAACCAUGGAACAACUAUCUACACAGCUUGCAAGGACACCAAAAUCUCAUUCAGAGGAUCAAUUUCACACCAUCACAAUUGGGCAACUAAUGAGGGAUUGAACUUCAUUUGUAGGUCCGUCUGCAAUUAUAAAUUCUUAC